UUCUCAGCGCGUCAGGUUUUCUCUCGGCCAUGCCUGAGCCAGCCAAGUCCGCUCCCGCCCCGAAGAAGGGCUCGAAGAAGGCGGUGACCAAGGCGCAGAAGAAGGACGGCAAGAAGCGCAAGCGCAGCCGCAAGGAGAGCUACUCGGUGUACGUGUACAAGGUGCUGAAGCAGGUGCACCCCGACACCGGCAUCUCGUCCAAGGCCAUGGGCAUCAUGAACUCGUUCGUCAACGACAUCUUCGAGCGCAUCGCGGGCGAGGCGUCGCGCCUGGCGCAUUACAACAAGCGCUCGACCAUCACGUCCCGGGAGAUCCAGACGGCCGUGCGCCUGCUGCUGCCCGGCGAGCUGGCCAAGCACGCCGUGUCCGAGGGCACCAAGGCCGUCACCAAGUACACCAGCGCGAAGUAAAGUUGCCAAGGUGUCUUGGUGCCACAUAACUCUACAGGUGACACAGUAUACCUAUGGCCUCACCGUGGAACCAAAAGAACAGUGGAUUCGGGAUUACGAGCUAUUUUCUAUAACUGAACUGAUUCUGCCUCUGCUCUUAGGAUAUGACUGAGACAUGCAAAACGAGAACAUCGUCACUGUCAUGGAAAAGCAAUAUGCGGAAAAGAGUGUAUUUUGGUCUUUGGUCUUUGGCCAAGGUUUACUUCUCAAUUUACACGAAUUAAUUGAAUUUCUAUGUAACCAUAUAAUAGCUGCUGUAAAUAUAAUGGGUCAAGAAGAAA